AAACUCGCCGCCGCCAUGAGAGCCGUCCGAGGGGCUCGGAAGGGGCCGCCGCCGGCCGAGAAGGGCGGCGCGGUCGCCAAGAGGGCGCGCGGGGCCGCAGCCAGGAUGGUCAAUUUUUGUCCGCAAUGUGGACAGAAAGUAGAGGAAAUUUUUAAGUUCUGUCCUGCCUGUGGAGGCCAGCUGCCGUUUCAAGAAGAGCCGAUGCAGAUCACUCCGUCUCCUUCUCUGAAAGAAUUGAAUCAGGACGUCCAGGUUCAGCUGCCACAAUUGCCCGAAAAGAAAAAGGUGCAGAUAGUUUUUCCAGAGAUGGGAGUACCUUCAACCCCGCUUAAACAAGCUUCUCCGCAGAGCUCAACAGCAUCCGCUUCUCCAAAGGCGAAAGCAAAGGUGGCUACGCGAUCACCAAAGAAGGACAGAUGUUCUUGCGUGAAAGUUCUCCCAGAAGGUGAAAUCUUGACAGACCUGAAUAAGGAAGAGUGGGUGCUUUGCAAGCUUCUGAGCCAGACCGACCGUGGGCUGAUGUACAAAGCUAGAUCACGGUCUGAAGUUUACUCACCAAAGCACAAAUAUACGCUCAAACUGGAUGCUAAAGAUGGGAGGCUGUACAACGAACAGAACUUUCUGCAGCGAGCCGCCAAGAAAGUCACAGUGGAGAAAUGGAAGAAGCAAUAUUUAAUGCCAUUCCUGGGGAUACCUGAAUGCGUGGGCUUUGGCCUCCAUGGCAGUAGCUAUAGGUUCCUGGUCUUUCCUGAUUUGGGUCGAUCCCUUCAGUCAAUCCUGGAUGACAGUGGAGACAAGAUGACAGAAAAAGCUGCUUUGCAGCUUGCAGUCAGACUGCUUGACGUUCUGGAGUACCUUCAUGAGAAUGAAUAUACUCAUGGGGAUGUGGCUGCUGAAAACAUCUAUGUGAACCCGGCUGAUCUUACUGUGGUUACUUUAGCAGAUUACAGCUUCGCCUUUCGAUACAACCCUGGGGGAAGACAUGUGCCUCAGCGGGAUGACUGUCGGACACCUCACGAAGGCAACUGGGAGUUCAUCAGCCUGGACAGCCAUAGGGGAGCUGCACCAUCCCGUCGGAGUGACCUUGAAUCCUUGGGUUACUGUCUGGUGAAGUGGCUGCGUGGAAUCCUUCCCUGGUCUGCGCAGCUGACUGAUCCCUGCGUGGUCAUGGAGGAAAAAGAGAGGUGCAGAGCGGAUACGAUCAAGCAUCCAAGACAGUCCUGUGGCUGGGGAGCACUCCCAGAAUCCGUAAAGAAAUACCUGCAACAAGUAAUGGCUUUGGAAUAUGAAGAAAAACCAAACUAUGAAGAGCUCCGAAUUUUAUUUAUGACGCCUCUUCAGCUGAUGAGAACAUCGGCCUACGACUCGGUGGACCUCAGAGUAGCACCCUAGCUUUCAGAAAGUUGAAUAUGAAGAGAAAUAAAGAACAAGAAGGAAUCAUAUUUGGCUUUGCAGAUCUUGAAAAAUAGAGUUGGCCGUCAUACUUGCUGGAAUGUCAUCACACUUGUUGGCAACAUGGGGUGUGUGUGUGUGUGUUGUGUAUUUGCUUUUUAUCUCUGGUUUUUAAUAUAGAGAGGGAAAGUGAUUUUCUUGGAAACAUUUGUUAGGAUCUUCCUGUGACCUUUUAUAGCCUAAAGAUUUGUCCAGGAAUAUAAUGUAAUGAAUUUAAUUAAUUCCAGCUGAGAUGAAUUUUGAAUAUUUACUUGAGUGAUUGCUUGAACUUCAUUUAUAAAGGGCCUUUAGUAGCUACCCGAAAUACCAAUGUGAAGUGCUGCACCUUAAAAAAAAGGAAGGAUUGUAAAUAUUAAUAGCCACUUUGAUUUUGUUUUUAAUCUUGCCUUUAGUGUGUCUUAAAAGUUUGUUUUAUUCUCUUGCAAGCUACCUUAAAGGUGUUUUGUCAGGCAGAAGGAUGAGAUACAAGUUUUUAACCUUUUCAAUGUAUACUUUGUUGAUUUUGUAGUAAAAAGUUGUAUGGUGCAGUCCAAAACAUU